AUGUAUACCCUGGGCGAAAUUAAGUGUAGGAAGAAUGUCACAAAUACUGAUAAUCCGGUUUCCGAAAUUCAAAAUUCCGAAAUCGAUAUCGCUACGUAUGCCAUAGUUCUCUUGGCGACGACGACAACUACAAUAGUAUCUGCAGGACUUGUCAGCCAUCUUAAUUGGAAACACAAAAACAUCGUUAAUGACCAUCAUUAUGAUUCAUCUAAACAUCAUAAAACUCAUCGUCAAAAACCAGCUUUGAAAAAUGAUGACCAUAAUAUUGAUGAUGAUGUUGAAACAAUGAUUGAUAUUACGGAAUCAUUCCUUAAGGGUACAAUUUCUUCGGCUAUCAAUGGAAACGACAAUGAUGAUAUUGGCAAUUUCUUGACCGUAUUCGCUCCUGUCGAUUCGGCAUUCGAGCACGUGAAGACUUGGCCUAGUAAAGAAAUUAUCCGAAAGUUAAUUCUCUAUCACGUAGUCCCAAAAACACUAUGCUCAUACCUAGUCAGAACAUCUCGUGUCCUAAACAGUUCAUACAUCGAACCAGGCUUGAAUGACGAGCCACAGAAACUUCGUGUUGGUGUUUUUUGGGGGAACAGAGUAUUCAUCAACCUCGCUAAAGUUCUCGAUUUUAAUUCGAGAGCUUCGAAUGGUCUUCUUCAUACUAUUGGAGAUGUACUCCUUCCACCACCAAACGUCCUCAUAGAAUCAUUCUUAUUCCCAAACUACUAUUCCACAUUCACGUCCGCAAUCCAAAAAGUAGGCAUCGCGGAUAUCUUCGAAAGCGACAAAGCAUUCACUGCUUUCAUCCCGACAAAUGCCGCGUUUGCACUACUCGGUCAACGUACGCUCUUCCGUCUGUUUAGUCCAUGUGGCGAAAAAGAUCUAAAAAAAUUAUUGUUGAAUCAUAUUUCUGCAGAGUUGGCAUAUAGUUCUGAUUGGGUUGUUACUGAUGGUGAUAUUGACAAUACAAAAUCAUCUGUUAAAGGAUAUGGUGGUAAUGGCUGCGGUGAUAGAGGUCAUGGAGGUGAUGGUUGUGGUUGUUAUGGUUGUAAUGGUCAUCCUCACAAAUCUCACGGACCACCGAAAAGACAUCGAGGUCAUUUCAAGUUGAAGUCUUAUCAAGGUAGUGUUAUUAAUGUGGAUACUGUGCAGUUUGGUGAUCAGUAUUUGAGGGUUAAAGUUAAUGACGAGGCUAAUAUUUUGAUAAUGGAUGUUCUUGGACAAAAUGGCGUUGUGCAUGUAAUCGACCAUGUGUUAUUUCCUGAUGAUUUUCAAUUAUCGGAAACUACGGAGGUGGAAGAUCUUAUUAAUCGACCAUGUGUUAUUUCCUGA